AUGAAUGAUCUUGUGUUGACAAGAGCAGACAAAACUAAACAUUUGGUUAUCAUGAGAAGGCAUACUUAUAACAAGGAGUUGCAUAAUUACAUCAAAAAGACGGAAUGUGAAAUUGUUGGCGACAAUGUAGUUGGAUCUUUGGACAGAAGGGUCAGGAAGCUGGAACGCUCGGGACUUUCCGCUGUUUUAUCUUUUCUCAAGAAAUGCCGGAACCCGAGGCCCGGAACUCCAAGAUUGUUUGCUUUCGCUAAGACCCACAAGACCGGAAUGGAGUUAAGGCCAGUUGUAGAGAAAUGCAGAGGACCCACCUUUAUAUUAGAAAAAAGGCUGCACGGGUAUUUAUCCUCGCACCUUGAUGAUGAUAAUCUAGUGGCACAGGAUCCUCUUAUUGUUGUCAAGGAGAUACAAGAUAUAUCUUUAAUGGAGGAUGAGGUAGCGACCGUCUUAGAUUAUGAAAGCAUGUAUCCUUCAGUAAUGAUUGAGUCUUGUGUGGAUGCGUUAUUGGAUUUCUUGUACAUAAAGAACUCCCAGUUGCUUCUUUACACGCAAGAGCUAGAAGAACUGGCUAACCUGGUGUGCUGUGAGUCGUGCUUCAUCUUUUGUGGUCAGAUCUACAGACAAAAAAGAGGGGUUCCGAUGGGGAGUCCCCUCUCAGGAAUCCUUUGCGAAUUAGUUGUCAGAAGACUAGAAAGAAGGGUUCUUCAUGGGUUCAAAGAUGAUAUCGUAUAUUUCAGCAGGUAUGUGGAUGACAUUCUGAUCUUAUGGAAGAAUAAUAGGAGGGUGCAUGAAUUUAUGAGUAGAAUUAAUGAUAACAAUGAUGGGCUUAGAUUGAGAUUAGAACAAAAGAGUUCCAUGAAUGUGCACUUCUUGGACAUUAAUAUCCGGUUUAUGAAAGGGCAUUUGUCCACAAGUGUUUAUAUUAAACCUACACACACACCAUUAUAUAUACCAUCCCAGUCUAUGGAUCCGUAUCAGUAUAAGAUGGCAGCCUUUCGAGCGUUAAUAAGGAGAGCUUGUUUAUAUUGUGACCAAAUCGCUGACAGAGAGAAGGAGAUUGAUAGAGUAUUGCAGGUGGCCCGGACCCUGGGUUACAGAAAAAGUGUAAUUGUUGGAAUGCUUAAGAA